AUGAGCGGUCUCUUUGAUCCACUUGGUCCUCUUGAGAGGCCCCAAAACCACGGACCCUCUCCCAAGUUUUUGGAUCUAGUCAAUGAGCUAUUUGUGCCUCUAAAUGAUCCGGGACAAGGGCACCUUGCGAAGUAUCAAUCGAGAGUCACUAUCGAGAAAUUUCUUCGCAAAUACAGGACAGUGGUGGGGAAAGACAUCUAUCCUGUUGCACGUCUCGUCUUAGCGGCCAAAGACAAAACCAGGGUCUAUAUGACAAAAGAGACAAGACUGGGCUUUAUAAUCUGUCGGAUCAUGCGAAUUUCGAAGGAAAAUGAAGAUUAUAAGAAGAUUGUUGGCUGGAAGAAAAUAGGAUUUAACAAGCUUCAGUCUUCCCUUAAGUUUGCAGACUUGCUCAGCAACAUUAUCAGUAAACGUCGCAUUGACAAGUUGACAGGACAAUUGACCGUUGAUGAUGUGAACGCCUAUCUUGAUAAGCUGCACGAACUGGCUGAUUCUGAUACCAAUAGCAAGUCAAAAGUUUUCGAGGAGAUCCUGGACAAGAUGAACAAUAUGGAGCUUCGAUUUUUCUUUAGAAUUGUUCUGAAAAUCAACCCUAUUCGCCGCGACAAACUCUUCAUGUACUGUUGGCAUCCAGACUCACUAGAUGUUUUCGAUCUCACCCACGAUCUGAAGUUUGUAUUUUGGGGCCUCACAGACCCCAGAAUAAGGCUUGAAUCUAAGGAAAAGCAUUCAAGACCGAUGUAUCCUUUCACUCCUCAGAGAGCAAAACGGAUUCAUCUCGAUUACGAUUUGGUAGCACAGAAAUUUUCAGGGCAAUUUCUCAUCGAAGAAAAGUACAAUGGCGAAAGGAUUCAAUUACACGUCGAAAAAACUCAAAAUGGAUAUGAAUACAGGUUUUUCAGCAGAAACGCUAUCGACUACACCUCUAUUUAUGGUAGAUCAUCUGAUCCAAGCUCAAUAGGAUGCAUCUCGCCAUUUUUGAAAGACGCUAUAAUUGACGGUGUGCAAAACUGUAUUCUUGAUGGAGAGAUGGUCAGUUAUGAUCCUGUGAAGAAUAUGACUCUUCCUUUCUCUACUCUCAAACCGACAGCUCUCAAAGAUCUCAACUCCCAGAAAAAAGAUGACCCCCGCCCAAUGUAUAUGGUUUUUGAUAUUCUACACUUGAAUGGAUGUUCCUUAGAGGACUACAAGUUGGUGGAUCGGAAAAAAGCUUUAGAGAGAGUUAUCAAGACUGUUCGCCACCGUGUCGAGGUCGUUCCGUAUGAGACUAAAAGUACGGGGCAAGAUAUUGAGAAUAGUCUGAAAUCAGCUAUACGUAAAGAUCUCGAAGGCUUGGUGUUAAAAGAUCCAAAUUCAAGAUACGAGAUCGGAAACUACACCACAGAGACCUGGAUCAAGAUUAAGCCCGAAUAUCUGCAUGAGUUCGGUGAAAACCUUGAUCUUGUCAUCGUUGGACAGAUACCAGCAGCAAAGACUACUUACAUAUGUGCAUUACGCGACUCUGAAACUAGCAAUAGCUUUACAACUCUCUGUGGAGUCUCCAACGGAUUCUCUGUUGAUGACUAUCGCAAAAUACAGCAGAUGACGGCUGGGAAGUGGCAUCAUUGGGGUAAGGAACAACCAGCAAAUGUUAAAUUUGGAAAGAAGACACCUUCGAUGUGGAUUGACCCAAAAGAAUCUGUGGUGAUUGAAGUCAAGUCGAGUUCAAUCAGCGUGCAAGCGGAAAACAACUAUGCAACAGGGUCCACAUUGUAUGCCGCCUAUUGUACCAAGAUCAGAGAAGACAAAACGUGGGAGACGGCAGAUACGUUGGAAACGUACCAAAAUUCCAAACUAGAACGUGAUUAUGAGGCUAGUCACACUCUGGCCAAAAAAAGAAAACUGGCUAGCACCAAAAAGGACGACAUCAUUCAGCGAAUCAAUCGAGGCUACAUAAGCAACGUGGAUCCUUCCAAUCGAUUAUUUGAGAAUUACGUGUUUUGCAUCAUGACGGAUUGCAUGUUCAAAGGUAAACUUUGCACGAUAAGCGAGUUGGCUCAAAUUCUACAAAGUCAUGGGGGAACUGUGGUAAGAAAUCCCAAUACGAUACUGAGUCCUGAACAAAAAUUGAUCAUAUUGGCGGACAAGAUCACAAUGGACAUCCUGGAGCUCCAACAAACCUAUAAUAUUUUUAAGGCGAAAUGGUGCGAUGAUUGUAUCCUAAUGAAUCGUCUAGUCAAUUUGGAGCCCUCGCAUAUCACUACUGCAGCCCCAGAGCUUUGGCAACAUUCCAAGCGCAAUGUUGAUAGGUAUGGUGAUAGCCUGUGUGUUGAUUUCACCGUGCAGAGUUUUACAGAACUCGUUGAAAGAAACUACGAGAAAGGUAUAGAUCUGAUUCAGGAUGACAGGCCAGAAACCAGUGAACUAAUGCACCUUCUCGUUUUCCAUGGUGUGCGCUUCUACUUACUAUGGAGAAACGAAAAUAGGUACAAGAUGUACAGGAGUCUGGUAGUAGCUGGAGGAGGGGAGAUUACUGACGAUUGGAGAGACGCUGGAUAUAUCGUGACAAUAGACUCCCAAGAGGCUAAAGUCAGAGAACUGGAGAAGCAGUUGGCUGCACCAAAGGACUCUGGAGAGAGGACUCAUCACAUUGUUGAUGCCUCUUUUGUAUUUGAGUCCUUCAAGGAAGGAGUGUUAGUUAAUCCUAAAAACUACAGAAUUGGUGUCGGCCACUCCUCCCACCUCGACUAA